AAACCUUCCUUUGUCAUCAUUAUGCUCAAAGUCUUCUUAUGCAAGACAAAGCAACAUAAUUAGAUCUCUCCACAACCAAAGCCUCUCUUCAAUCUUCUUCUUCUUCUUUAUCACCGGAAGCAAAAGCAAACGAAAAUGAGCUAUUACAACCAGCAACAGCCUCCUGUUGGUGUCCCACCUCCUCAAGGUUAUCCACCAGAAGGGUAUCCCAAAGACGCUUAUCCACCACCGGGAUAUCCUGCUCAGGGUUAUCCACCUCCGGGAUAUGGUCCUCCUCCUCCAGCUUAUGCCCCUCAGUACGCUCAGCCGCCUCCUCAGCAGAGCAGCAGCAGUGCUGGUUGUUUGGAAGGAUGUUUGGCUGCCCUGUGCUGUUGCUGUCUGCUAGACGCAUGCUUCUGAUGAGGUUGAGAGAGCUUUGGGUGGUUGUGAAUUUGUUAUUCAAAGCAUUGUGACUCAAGACUUUAUUAGUUUCUAUUAAAGUGAUCUUCUUAUUGUUCUUGCUUUUAAAUAUCUUGAAGACUUGAACAAUUAAUUUGGAGCUAUUUUCAUUUUUAAAUGGAAGUAAAUUCUUAUAUGCU